GUUCAAAGAAGUUUCUUUCUCAAACUUUGGUGGAAAGUGGAUUCGGGAAACAGUAUUUGGGCUACCAUAUUUAAUUCCCUUCGUUUCCUCGUCCGGAAUUAUCAAGGAAAGAUGGUUAUGCACAAACGUCAAAGUUUUUUCAACACCUCCGAUCACGUGGCUGUCAUUGAAACUAUCCUCUCGGCUCUGUGGAUGUGUAGGAGCUGCUCUUAUAAUGUCUCGAACAUUGAGCUAGAAGUCCAAGAAAUAGCCAAUGUCAUUCGCUUUCAUUGUGUCAAGCUGUGGACUUUCAUCUAUAGUAUAACCCGAAUUAGAAAGAUCAUACAAAAGUGCAACACAAAUAUUAAAGUUGUCAGCAAACCUUUGAAUCGGCCGGCGAACUACAUUAGUGAAGGGAAAGACACCAACUCCCCCCAUUUUGUUAGCAUCCUCAAAUAUGAUGCCGUAGGAUACCCAAAUAUUACUUAUGAUUGUACUUUAUCUUGAGGCCAGGUUUUAUGCCCUCCUCCACUACCAUAUGAUUGAAUAAAAGGCAGGUUUUCUGAAGAAAAUAA